AGUAUUAGUGAUUAGUAUUUAUCCAAAAAAAAAAAAAAAAAUGACUGAUGACUUCUUAAGAGAUGAUCAACCGGUUUCUUUCGAAAGAAGAACGAGCUCUAUAAGGAAGUUCAAGAUGAAAGAUAGGAGGAUGUCUAAAACAAGAAGCAUUGAUUUCGAAGAAUCAAAACCCAAAAAACCUAGGACAUCUGAAGAUUUUUAUUUGUUCUGUAAAUUCAUAUUGGAGUAUGAGAAUUAUGAUGUGUCAGAUAAGGAGGAUUCUCAAGAUUUAAGUAGAGAAGAUAUUGAUAAGAAGUUGGAUAAAAAUUCCGAUUUAACGAAUGAAGAUGAACAGCAAAACUCAGUCGUCGAAAUGUCAUCGGAUGAAGACUCAUAUGAUUUGGUGACUUGCUUUUGUGGGAAGCCUUUUGCUGGGCGUCCAAUGAUAGAAUGCAGCAAGUGCCUUACCUGGAUUCAUUUAAGAUGUGCUAAAGUUAAAAAGUCAGAUAUUCCAGAUGUAUUUAUUUGUUCACAUUGUAAAACAGCAGAAGAAAAAUGAAAUUAUAAAUAUGUAUCUAAUUUUUAGGUAACAAUCUUGUAUUAUAAUAAUAUUUUUUCCAUGUUAUGAAAGGUA